AUGAAAUUCACCACCUUCCUUUCCGCUCUCCUCCUCGCCACCGCGUCCAUCGCUGCCCCUGUCGACCUCAUCUCAGACCUCGUCGUGAGCCCACACAUUACCGCGCCCGAAGAGGCCGUGUCCUGGCCUAUGGGGUCCACCCAGGUCGUCAAGUGGGAAACCGACUCGAUCCCCGAAGCUCAGCGUAACGACAAGGGCAUGAUCUUGCUCGGAUACGCUGGGGACGGCGAGAGCGAGCAUUUGGACAUCAGUUCGUAUCCUUUCUUCUUUUUUGUGCUCCUAGCCCAGGAUGCUGACGAUGUGGCUUUAAUAACAGAGCACCCUCUCGCUAAGGGUUUCCGCAUAAGCGCUGGCCAGGCCACGGUCAAAAUGCCAACCAAUGUUCCUGCCCGUGAUGACUAUUUUGUCGUUCUCUUUGGUGACUCAGGUAACACGUCCGCCAACUUCAAGAUCACCGCCGUCAACAGCACGUACGGCGAUAACUAA